UGAGUAGCGCUGCCCGCCAUUUUACGUUAUUGGGAAUCAAGCGGAGCUCUGCCGGGGAGUCAUUUAUCCGCCGCCCCCCGUACAUUAAUUCUACACUAACCGAUCCAAACAAACCAGCAAAACAUCGUCAGAUUUCUGGAGACAUGGCCACAGAACAUAUUAAUGGGAAUGGUACUGAAGAACCAAUGGACACGUCUGCUGCAGUUACCCAUUCUGAACACUUCAACACUUUAUUAGAAGCUGGUUUACCACAAAAAGUUGCUGAAAAGCUAGAUGAAAUUUACCUAGCAGGCCUUGUAGCUCACAGUGACCUGGAUGAGAGGGCCCUAGAAGCGCUGAAAGAGUUCAAUGAGGAAGGUGCACUACAAGUUCUUGUUCAGUUCAAAGAGAGUGAUUUAUCCCAUGUGCAAAAUAAAAGUGCCUUUCUCUGUGGCGUGAUGAAGACCUACAGACAGAGAGAGAAACAGGGGACCAAAGUUCUAGACUCCACUAAAGGACCAGAUGAGGCAAAAAUGAAAACCUUGCUUGAUAGAACCGGCUACACCCUAGAUGUCACUACAGGUCAACGCAAAUACGGUGGUCCUCCACCAGAGUCCGUUUACACUGGUGUUCAGCCAUCAAUUGGAACGGAGAUCUUUGUUGGGAAGAUCCCAAGGGACUUGUUUGAGGAUGAGUUGGUGCCUCUGUUUGAGAAAGCGGGGCCCAUCUGGGACCUGCGUCUGAUGAUGGAUCCAUUGAGUGGCCUGAACAGGGGUUAUGCCUUCCUCACUUUCUGCACUAAAGAAGCUGCACAGGAGGCUGUCAAGCUAUGUAACAAUCAUGAAAUUCGCCCCGGCAAACAUAUUGGCGUGUGUAUUUCAGUUGCAAACAACAGACUCUUUGUGGGCUCCAUUCCCAAGAGCAAGACAAAAGAACAAAUUGUUGAAGAGUUUUCCAAAGUCACAGAGGGUCUUACGGAUGUAAUACUUUACCAUCAGCCGGAUGAUAAGAAAAAGAACCGGGGCUUCUGUUUUCUGGAGUACGAGGACCACAAAGCGGCAGCGCAGGCUCGCCGUAGGCUCAUGAGUGGGAAGGUUAAAGUCUGGGGGAAUGUGGUCACUGUCGAGUGGGCCGACCCAAUCGAGGACCCUGACCCAGAGGUCAUGGCAAAGGUGAAAGUGUUGUUUGUCAGAAACCUGGCCAACAGUGUAACGGAUGAAAUACUUGAAAAAGCAUUUGGUCAGUUUGGCAAACUGGAGCGAGUGAAGAAACUGAAAGAUUAUGCCUUCAUUCACUUUGAUGAAAGAGAUGGUGCUGUUAAGGCGUUGGCUGAAAUGAAUGGUAAAGAUUUGGAGGGAGAGCACAUUGACAUUGUGUUUGCCAAGCCACCCGACCAGAAACGAAAAGAGAGGAAGGCGCAGCGUCAAGCAGCGAAGACUCAAAUGUACGAUGAUUACUACUAUUAUAGCCCCCCUCAAAUGCCUCCUCCCGCCAGGGGCCGUGGUAGGGGUGCCAGUCGGGGGGGUUAUUCGUACCCGCCCGACUAUUACGCCUAUGAAGAUUACUAUGAUUACUAUGGCUACGAUUACCAUAACUACAGGGGUGGCUAUGAUGACCCGUACUUUGGCUACGAUGAUUUCCAGGCCCCUGCUCGAGGACGAGGGGGGCAUGGUGGGGCCAGAGGAGGCACGUCUCCCGCACGAGGCCGAGGGGCCAGCAAUCCACGGGGCAGAGCGGGCUUCCUGCAGCGCGGCGGUCCGGGAGCGAGCAGAGGCCCACGUGGAGGAGCCAGAGGCGGGGUUCUGCCAAGAGGGCGCGGGGUACGUGGUGCUCGGGGUGGACGCGGUGGAAAUGUAGGAGGCAAACGCAAAGCCGAUGGCUACAACCAGCCAGAUUCCAAACGGCGCCAGACCAUUAAUCAGAACUGGGGCUCGCAACCUAUUGCACAGCAACCCUUGCAAGGUGGCGAUCAUUCUGCAGGGGAAAGGGGUCGAGGCUGGUCCUGACAUGUACCAGUGAAGACUGACUAGCUCAGUGGGGCCACGCCAGGUGCUGCCAGUGGAUGUGAUGGUGGCAAAGUCUGUUCAACGGUCCACCUAUGUUCCUGCCUUACAGACGCAUCUCCUCUCCCUGUCUGCCUCCCAAGUUUGCCAUCAACGCAAAGUUACCAUUAGACACGUUUGCACUCUGUGUUUUCUGUUUUGCAUUUCAUUUCUUUUAGUUUUUUUAAAUUUCCCAGAACCCCAUAUGUUGUGAGAACAUACUUGCCAUUUGCAGUUACUUCAGGAGAUUGAGAGAGCCCAAAGGAUGUUAACCCUAACAUUAAAUGUAUUUUGCACUUUGUAGAUGUUUGAAGUGGCUUGGAGGAGCUUGAUGCUGUUGUUUUAUUUUUGUGCAUUUUAAGUGCAACGUAUCAUGGGAUGAACAUGUUAAGCUUGUAUCAAGUCUUGCGGUUUUAUUUUGUUCGUGUUUAGUUGUUUCAACCUGGCAUGAUCAGCCAGGCAUUCCAGGUAAAGUGGUUCUUUUUUGGAACCUUUUUUGGGGGGGAUUUAACCUUUUUUAUUUUUGUUUUUAUAGGGUUGGUUAACUACCUCAUCGUGGAGGCUGAAACUGCCCUAUUUUUACUGUACAUACUGAGAAUUUUAAUGCAAGCAGGGCUUUUUAUAUUAAACUUAUGCACAAGGACAACAGCAGAGCCAAUGUACUUAGUGUAUUAUAGUCCUUUUGUACUGAUGCUAAACAGUCAGACUGGGCAUGUGAAUGACACUCAAUGAUGAGUCUAAAGAAGCCUUGGCUUCAUCCAGUCUGAGCUAAGCGAGCCAUGUGCUUCUGAGGAUGUUGUUACUGGUUUGAAGACCUGUUAGGAGGAUGUUACAUUUUUUUAUAAAGGCUUGAACUUGAAGCUUUAGCCAUGUUUCACCAACCCCCUCCAAUUGAACCACACUUUAAAAGUUUCAAGAAUAUGUAGUCCAUGCUGAUGGCUGCUUUUAUCCAUUUGAAACCAACCUCACCCCAUUCGUAUACGGUCACCUAAACAUGCACUAUUCGCCACAGUUUGUAAAGGUAAGUUCAGAAUUAUGACAUGCACAUCAGUGUUCUUCUAGAUGACCUAUCAGAUCUAAGAGAACUGAAAUGACUUGUGCUUCCUAGUUCUUCUCUCAGUGAAGGAGUAAUUGAGAUGGGAUCAGGCUCAUUAUAAUUUUGCUCCAUCCAUGGCACUGUGACUGGAUUGGUGAGAGUGGUUCAGUUGUGCUCUGGGAGGAAGGACCGGGAUCAUGAUAUCAUUUAACUGGGCACACCGUAGUUGCCUUGUCAUCACUUUUAAUGUGAUGGGUUAAGAUAUGCAUCAUUGUGGGCAUGUUAUCGGUAACUUCAAUUCGGUCUUCUGUACAGUUUAUACUUUUUUUUUCUUUUUUAAGGGAUUCUGCAAAUUUGUUUCCAUUUUCUUUUUAGCCUCUUUGAAAAUAUCGACUGAAUUUUGAACAUGAUUGACUCCGCCAUUAUUUCUGUAUCACUGGCAAUUUUUUUUUUUAUGAAAACAAAUGGUUUGUUUUAAACACAUUACUGGUGCAUAAGUGUUUUUGCAUUCCUGCAAAUAAAUUUUGUAAAAGGAAGUUGUGUGGACUUGUGUUUUAUCGUU